GAAAAGUGAAAAAUGUAUUUUUAAUAAGAAAACAUUGUUCUUUUUGUAUAUUGUAACUAAAAGAGUUUAAAAAAAACGUUACUAAAUUACUGGUAUCGUUUCGGAAUAUUAAACACUUCGAAGUUGGUAUAAAACAACCUUCUAUAUCUGCCAGACUGUUUUGUGCAAACACACAGAUUCACACGCAUACAAAUAUACGUAAAAGUAGUCCAUUCAACUUUGUCGAGAAUUAAUUCAAAAGCAUAGUAAAAGGGAUAAUGGCUUCCGAAAUUGAAGUUGUAAAUCUCAACAACUUUGAGAAAAUACAGAAUUUUCUAAAUGACUCAGCGUACAAGGAAAUAUUGGAAAAUAGUGAAAACUUCAAUACACGAUUAUGUAUCGAACGUCGUCUGCGUAUGCCAUUUUUGGAUCCGCAAACUGGUGUUGCGCAGACACAUUGUGCUUUAUUCAUGAAACAACGUCAACGUAUGCCUGGUUUUCGGGACGGUCAAAUAUACACCUAUCCAUCAGCACGUUGGCGCAAACCGAAACGUCAGUAUUUGCUUAAUCAUCACCAUAGUUACCGGGCCUACCAGUAUCGUGAACCACACUACCAUCAAUCCACUGGCAAUGCCUCAGGGCGCGAUCAUUAUCAAACAGAAAGUGCUGCAAUCGUCGCAGCAGAUGGCAAUUCCAUGAGUGCUUCAGGUGAUAAUGACAGCAAAGAUUCGCAUGCCAAUCCAGAAAAGGAUUGGUUUCAUGAGGACAUUGACAUGUCGCACUAUCACCAUGUCGAUGAUUUCGAGGAAGAUUUUGAAUCAGAUAAUGACUACGAUGAUAUAGCGUAUAGCAGCCGUGGUAAACGUAAGCGAGGUUCACGCUCUGCUCGCAAAAGUACAGCAACUGCUGAUGGCACUCCAAAACGUGGCCGUAAAGGUGGCGGCAGCCGUCGGCGCAAUAACGCAGAUGGUGAAGGUGGCGGUCGUCGACGUGGUGGCGCUAAUAAUGCCAACAACAACAAUGCAAAUACAGCGGCUGCAGCAGCUGCCGCAGCUGCUGCUGUGGCGGCUGCAGCUAGUGUUGUAGCUUCUAGCAUGGAGAUUAGCAACUCUAACUCAGCUUCGCCGAUUGGUACGAAUGAUGAAACUUCGCAAUCGGCAAUUGUAAUGCCAACUACUGCUGCACCGAGUGCGGGCACAACUUUCGAUAAAACCAUAAGUGAACCGAAUGUAGUGCCUACUGUCGCUGCUGUCACUACUGAUGUUGUGGCGCCCGUGCUACCCAGUACAAGUGCUGUUAGUGGUGUUACAAGUGUCGCUGCCGCACCAACUGUUACACCACCAGUGACAGCGGCUGCAAGUGUUGCUGCGCCAGUUAUUGCAGCUGGUGGUGCCGUAAAGAAAGAUCUUAAAAAUAAACUGCGCACCGAUCGUGAGGUAGCCACGCCAUCAACUUAUUGCGAUUUCUGUUUGGGUGAUCAGCGUGAGAACAAAAAGACAAAUUUACCCGAAGAAUUAGUGUCAUGUUCGGAUUGCGGCCGUUCCGGUCAUCCCUCUUGUCUACAGUUUACGCCAAAUAUGAUUAUCUCGGUGAAACGUUAUCGCUGGCAAUGCAUCGAAUGUAAAUAUUGUUCCAUAUGCGGUACUUCGGACAAUGAUGAUCAAUUGUUAUUCUGUGACGAUUGUGAUCGCGGCUAUCAUAUGUAUUGUUUGUCACCACCAUUAAUUACGCCGCCCGAGGGUUCGUGGAGCUGCAAACUUUGUAUGGAUGAGUUUCAUAAGGAUGAAAAAUAAUAAAGCUUAAACGCAAUGGCCAACGAAAUAUAAUGAAUACCACUUCCAGUAAAUAGCAACAAUGGAAAUAGACUGAGUUGAAUUAAGAACACGAAAUUGUUUAAAACGGAGCACUGCGACUUGGUCUUACACAAAUAUAUAAAGUUUUCUCAUUUAUAUUUUCGAUUUAAGUUAAAAGUGCAGUAUUGUCGCAUAUUAAUACUUAAAGUAACGUCAUAUUGCAUUGUUUACAUUUUUCCUUUUAAUUUAAUUUUCAAAUGUCAACUGACAGCGUCACAACAUUUUUAAAAGCUUUCAUGUAAUUUUUAAGUUCAAAAGAUUCAUACAAUGGCAACUUUUUGUGUUUUAGAUUAUUAAUUAGUUAUAUAAUGCCCAUUAUGACGCCGCUAAUCUAAGCAACUUAAUCCACUAUUAACCGUGAAGUAUAUAAUAGUAUUGUAUUUGGAAGGCCCAAUUAAUGGCACGAUACAAGUAUUUUGCUUUUAUAUGUUUCUUUGUGCAAAUCAUAAUAAAAUUGGCUGAUAAAUCUAUGGUAUGAUCAGUAGAAGUAAUGACGAACAUGGUAUUGCAAUUAAUCUCAAUUUGUAAUUUAGUUCAAUAAACUUGUAAGUGUAAUGUGUUAAUUAUGCGCAAUUAUAAAUAUACAUAUUAUAAGUUUAUAACUGUAAUUUGCUAAAAGUCAAAAUAUCUUCCAAAUUUUGGGCAAUAAUUGCAAAUUUAAUUAUUGAAAUUAGUUUAAUUAUAAUAUGAUAAAUAUUCAGCUGCGCAACCAUAUACCAAUACAUAUAAACAUUUGAAAGUACUCAUAAAUGGGUAUAUAGUGCAACUCAUUAAUAUUUAUUGCAAUAUGCGCUCACAAUUAUCGUCAUGAUGAGCUUAAUAAGAAUAAAACCUUACUUUCAACACAAAAGA